GUGUUUGACUCUAUUCAGGCUAUAAUGGAGGAAGAAACAGUCAUGUCAUCAGCGAGUUCUUCCAUUGGAGAGGCAGCGUCUGGAAGAGGAGAGGCGGAGAACUUUGAGGAAGAGGAUCUUUACUACAUCCCUGAGCGGAGGCCGUCUCUUGACCUGGAAACGACCCCAAUGGACAACAGCCACUGGCAUUUUGUGGAUCUCGCUUUGACUCCAGCUCAGAGCUACAAGUCGAUGUGCAGUGACUUGUGCAGUGAAGAGGGCGCAAACGAAACGCAACAUAAGAACGGACCCUCUACAAAGGUGGAGCUGCAGAGAGCCGAUUCAUACUCGAGCUGCUACUCAUUCGACAGCGACGACUGUGAAAAGAGGACUCUCAAAGUCAAGGACCGAGGUGAAGAACCAGAACCUGAAAAGCUGGAAUUCAUCCAAGAUCCAGACGAACUCAAGCAUCCGUCUUUGACUGUGAAAUUCACUUUUCAAACUAUAUGUGAAACACUGAAAAUGCUGACGGAGGACCAAUUCAAGACAUUCAAGUCGAAGCUGCGGGAUUAUUACCGGCAAUAUUUCAGCUCUUCUCAUAGCAUGGACAGAGUGGAUGUUGUGGACAAACUGCUUGAGUGCUUCAGCCACGAAGUUUCUAUACAGAUCACCAAAACCAUUCUUGACAUGAUGGGUAAAAACAAGGAGGUUACUCAUCUCCAGAACAUGUGCACCAGAAAUGCAGUACGUUAUGAGUUGUGUCAAACCCUGAGAAAGAAAUACAGUGAAAUAAAUGAAGAUUUCUCCGUGGAGGAAGAGAAAAGGUCCUUUGAUGACGUCUACGUUGAUCUCCACAUCUUAUCAAAGGGUAGUAAUGGCCCAAACACUGAGCACGAGAUUAUGAGCAUCGAAAAACCAACAAACAAGAGACAACCAGGGGGAAAGAUAACUACAGCAGAUAUUCUGUCUGCUAAGAACGUGGAGGAAUCGUACAUAAGACUGGCGUUGCUCACUGGAGUGGCAGGAUCGGGGAAGUCCAUGGUGGUUAGAAGGCUUGUCCUUGACUGGGUCGAGGAGCGCUCUCACCAGGACGUGUGCUUCGUGUUUCCCGUGUCAUUCAGAGAGCUCAAACAGUUCGAGGGCUCCACGAUUUCUCUGGUGGAAAUCGUGCACGCACUCUAUCCAGAAACCAAACAACUAAACCAGGAGGAUUUUAAAUGUUACGACUGCCGAAUAAUGUUUAUAUUCGAUGGUUUAGACGAGUACAACGGGAACAUUGACCUCUCCACUGUAGAGAUUCAUUCUGACCCCCAGGAGCCCGCCAACCUCAACACCAUCGUGGUUAACCUCCUCAGAGGUCGGCUGCUCCUCCGCUCCUUGUGCUUGUUCACUUCCCGGCCACGCGUCAAGUCCUGCAUCCCUUGGGAUACGCACUACAACGAGAUAGAAGUGCAAGGUUUCUGCGACCCUGAAAAGGACGAGUUCUUUAAGAAGAGGUUUAAAGACCCAAAUCAAGCAGCUCGAGUCAUUGGGCAUGUCAAAUCUUUCAAAACCCUCUACAUCAUGUGCCACCUCCCGUUGUUCUGCUCGUUGGUGGCCGACGAGUACCAGGCUGUUUUCAGAGAAAGGGGGCCGCAGGCAGAGCUGCCCACAAGCCUCGCCUACAUGUACACAAAGCUGCUGCUGGCGCUCACUCGCCAUUUUCGUCAAUUUAGAGCUCCAGCUCCGCUCAGCCCAGAUAAAGAGCAAGAGUUUCUCCUGAAACUGGGACAGCUGGCCUUAACCAUGCUGGAACAAGGCAAGUUCCACAUCCUCAAGACCGACUGGCCGGAGAUCAGCGACGAGGAAGCAGUUAGUAGGAGUGGCCUCUGCACAGAAUUUGUAAUUACGCCAGUCGUGUUGUACAACGAGAAGGUCAUGUGUUUUCUCCACCCCAGCGUGCAGGAAUACUUGGCUGCUCUGUACACUUAUCUCUCCUUUAGAAACCAGGACAAGAACGUUUUUGAGCAGGUUAAAAUCAAACUCAAAGGGAUGUUUAAAGGACACAGAAUCAUGGAGCUGUACAAGGCCGCUGUGGAGAGAAGCCUGCAGCACGACGACGGCAAGCUGGACAUUUUCCUACGCUUCUUGUUUGGAAUGACCCGGAAAACCAACCAAGAACUCCUCCGGCCUUUCUGCAAGCCUUCUGCCAGGGUGGAAGACUUCGCGCAAGACGCUGCUUCUCUCAUCAGAAAGAAGAUGAAGGAAAAUCAGAAUCCCAGCAGGAUCAGCAACUUGCAGCAGUGCCUGGAAGAGUUAGGAGCGUGA